AUGAGUGCAAUGGAUAUAGAUGUGGCCCCUCUGCGCGACAAAGGAAAAGGCAAACUUUGCGCUGCACCACAACAAAACGGCGAACCCGAUAAUUUGCCAUGGGUUGAAAAGUAUCGCCCAAAAACACUGGACGAUCUCGUAUCACAAAAAGACGUUACCUCAACAAUUGAAACAUUCAUUGACGCGAAUCGAUUACCACACUUGUUGUUCUAUGGUCCCCCUGGUACUGGCAAGACUUCAACGAUUCUUGCCUCUGCGCGCAAACUGUAUGGUGACAAUUUCAAAAGCAUGAUUCUAGAGUUGAACGCGUCCGAUGAUCGUGGUAUUGACGUUGUUCGAGAACAAAUCAAAAACUUUGCAAGCACACGAACCAUCUUUAGCUCUGGUUUCAAAUUGAUUAUUUUGGAUGAAGCCGAUUCCAUGACAAACCAAGCUCAAGCGGCUUUGCGUCGAGUGAUUGAAAAGUACACCAAGAACGUGCGGUUCUGUAUCAUUUGCAAUUAUGUGAGCAAGAUAAUACCUGCUAUCCAAUCACGAUGUACGCGUUUCCGUUUCGCACCCUUGGAGAGUGAACAAGUACAAGACCGAUUACAAACCAUUAUUCAUGCAGAAGGUGUAAAUAUCACAGACGAUGGCAAUACAGCACUGUUGAGACUCUGCAACGGUGAUAUGCGACGCGCAUUGAACAUUUUACAAGCAUGUCACGCGGCUUAUGACAGAGUAGACGAGACUGCCAUUUACAACUGUACAGGGCAUCCACAUCCACAGGAUAUUGAGCGUAUUGUCACAUGGAUGAUGUCGGAUGAAUUCAGCACCAUCUAUUCCAAUGUCGAGAAGCUGCAACGGGAAGCUGGUCUGGCGUUGCAGGAUAUCAUUAGUGAAAUCUACUAUUAUAUCCUUGCGAUCGAAUUCCCGCCCGAUAUGCGUAUAUUCUUGUUGGACCAUCUUGCCGAGAUUGAAUAUCGAUUGGCAGAGGGUGCCAAUGAGAACAUUCAGUUGGGUGCUCUUGUCGGUGCUUUCAAGACAGCUCUUGAAAUUGCUGCAACAUCCUCUACUUGA